CUCUCUCUCACCCUCUCACAUUGUGUUUACAGCCUUGGAGAGUGCUGCAUAUCUAACAUUUCUCUCUCAAACUCCGACCAGCUCUGUUCUCAUCUGAAAGAGAGAAGAGGAGAGAUCUCUGUUUUUGUUGUGUAACCGACACUGAAACACUUCAGGCUGCCUAAUCUCCAGGGCUCAUCUCUCGACAACCAGCAGCAGUUCCCCUGACUUCACCUCCUAAAACCAGCCUUUACCAGCUCAGUCCGGCUCCACUCAGUCCAAACAGGCCCCGCAGCCUGAACUCUUGUGAACUCCUCACGUAAUCCAGCCUCAUCAAAAUCUAACCAGUCUCCAUGGAGCGUGUUCAGCACAUGACCAAGUCGGCCAUACGCCGAGCGUCUCAGAUCGAGGUGAACCCACAAGCCAAGAGGAACCUGCAGGAGCUGUUCGUUAACUUCACCCUCAUCCUCAUCUGUCUGCUCCUCAUUUACAUCAUCGUCCUGCUCAGCAGCUGAGGACAGCAGAGACGCACAGAGAGAGUUUGGCGAGGCUGUGCUGUGGACGAGGGUUUGGCUGAGAUAUGGGCAUCACCGAUCCAUACAGAUUUCUAAUAAAGCAAUAAAGAUAUACUCCCCAUAUAUCAGCCUGACCCUGUUUGACAGCAACUACGAGGUAGAGUCAUGGAGGUAAAAUGAAUCCAACAUGAUAAAAGGCCAAACUCUCUCAAAUAGUUUCUAUCAGAGCUGAGCAGGGAUCAGUUUCCCUGCCCUCUCUCUCUCUCUCUCUCUCUCUCUCUCUCUCUCUCUCUCUCUCUCUCAAGGGAAUGAUCAAAAGUGACCCGACAUCAACAGUUUAAACUCCACUGAUAUACUGUAUGUAUAUCUGCCUGCUGCUCAUUCAGAUAAUACCCUGCUUACAUUACAAUGUGUUGUUUUAAGUUGGUUUAUGAAGGAGACUGGCUCCCUCCAUUCAUACUGUAUGACAAUUUGUAUACUGCUUAAUAGAUGUAAUGUGAAUAAUACUGUAAUAUCAAUACAUCACUGUUGUUUAAUUUCCAUUUCCCAUGAGCCCCUGUUGCUUCCUGUAGCCCGCCCUCAGAUAAACAUGCUGGGAAUUAUUUUUUUCCAUUUGCAUUUUUCCUGUCAGAGAUCACAGACAAGGAAAAAUAUGGUGAAAUAUGGUGUAGAGUCUGUGACAUCAGGUUUCUGUAUUUUGAUUGAAAUUGAAAUUCCAAAUUUGGCAAAAGUAUCGUGGGACUGGAAAGCAGCAAACACCAGGGCUGAGUGCGAUAGGCUGAGCGACUUUACAUAAACAAGCCACAAAAAAAUACCUUUUCUGACUUUGUUUGCCUUUCAUCAGUACGACAGAAAUGUGAUAUUUAAUAUCUAACAUGUCACCGUGUGAGGUGACAAGUUAACCUCACAAGAAGUAGCAGAAGUUUGGUUAGAAACAUCCAAUCACUGAGCUUAAAAUUCUGUCACAUGCUUCGCUAACAGCAACAAAGGAAGAAAAUUGACCGAAAAAGAAAAAUUCAAAAACCAAUACAACCUUCUGAAUUUGCUACAGCUAUGAUAGAGUGCUGCAGUCCUAAAACCCAGAACUGAGUUAGCAAUUUCCAGUUCCCUCUGAUUGAAGUCAAUGGGGUUUAUUAUGGAUUUUAGUUAGAUGCCUGAAAUAAGGUCUGUGGUUAGCACAAGCAAAUUUCACAAAUUGGAAAUGGGAAUUCAGAGUUGGGAAAACAUGCAACCCUACUGAAAAUCUGACUUUGGCUCCUUCGUGGUAAAUUUAAAAAAGGCAAACCGGGGGGAGAGCAAUGCAGGCACCAAAAAAAAAAAAAAACAAUGUCAACGCUCUUCAACGGAAUUCGAGGCACACAUUCUAAGUAUUCAAAUAAAAAAUGGGAAUUACAAAAAAUAAUCACUUUGUUUUUGGACAUAAAUGAAUGUUUUUAGACCAGCAUCUAGUGGCUGUUAGAGGAACUGCAGCUUAAAUCACGGCUCAGUUUAAUCUCUCAGCCAUGUUGGUUGCUGAAGGCAGGAAAUGGUCCACAUGUAGUGGUGGAACAGCACCCUUUCUUUGCAAUCCUAUACAUUUUUCUUCUUUGGUCAGACCCUCUGCAGUGUGAAAGACUUGUAAAAAUGAUUAUGCAAAUGUAUUAUUUACGAAACAUCGCACAAAAAAAAAAAAACAUUAAAUGCACCGCCUUUUAUAAAUUACCUCAGGGCAAAGGGAUUUGGAAUAAUCUAAGUUGAACCAUCUUUUGAAUCUAGAUAGCAUAAUUCAUAAAAAGUUAUUAAUGAAUUAAACUGAUUACUGUCAAGUAAGUUGCAGUCAUGUGGCUGCCCAUCAAGCUAGUCAGCUUAUUCACAAUUCUGUGGCAGGUCUGUCAUUACACUCCAACAUUUACACUUGCUUAUAUAAGCCUUAGAAGUCAUUCUAAGUACUGUAUGCCUAUAAAGUAUGUGAAGUAUAGGUAGUGCAGCUUACCUGCAGCUGUUUCUGAUUGGCUACAUGAACGCUUCAGCCGUGUAAUUGGUUGGACUUCAGAGAUCAUCUGUUAAUUGGAAGUGUUGAGUGCAAACAGAGAGCUUUACACACACAAAUACAUAUACAGUACAUGCAGUUUAUCAGUUGUAAAGAAAACUUCACUUUGCAUGGUGUGAUUUCACUUAAUGAUAAUUUUCUGUUAUGCCCUUUAAGUUUCUGUUUGGUUAUUAAAACUAUUGCUUCUUUGGUUAAUUACAGCACAAGUGCCCUGGUUGUGGCAGUUAACGAUGUACAAAAUAAACUGUAAAGUCAGAUUCCUAAAUCAGCAUUAAAAGCAUUAACCACCAUUGGUUUUAUGGGAAGAAUGUGUAUGAUGCCUAUGACUGAAAAUGUAAAAAUAUAAAUUACACUUAAUUUACAUAUGGGAUUCGAAAUUAUUGAGAAAACCAACGCAGUUUUGUUCUUCUAUGUAUGCUUGGAAGAUUGUAAACUAUGGAACACCAAAGAAAAUUGCAUGUCAAAACAAUUAAAGUGGUUUCUCCUGA